AUGGAAGCUCCCCUUCCCCGCCCCUGUCCCUUCUCUCCAUGUGCAUCCGAGGUCGCCGAUGGCCAAGUUUCGGACUCACAAACCAACGUGGCAGCCGCCGAGGAGGCUGCCAUGAAGGAAGAGAAGGAGCUCUUGGCCAAGGCAUCAGCCAAUUCAGCCAAGUCAGCAAAAGAAGAGCACCUGGCACGAAAGGCAGAUGAGAAGGCAGAGGAGGAGCGCUUGGCCGUGGAAGCCGCAGCCAAGAAAGCGGAAGAAGAGCGCCUGGUGCAGGAGGCCGCCAAAGAGGCAGCAAGAAAGGCGGAGGAGGAGCGCUUGGCCAGAGAAGCUGCAGCCAAGAAAGCGGAAGAAGAGUGCUUGGCGCAGGAGGCCGCCAAAGAGGCAGCAAGAAAGGCGGAGGAGGAGCGCCUGGCCAAAGAAGCCGCAGCCAAGAAAGCGGAAGAAGAGCGCUUGGCGCAGGAGGCCGCCAAAGAGGCAGCAAGAAAGGCGGAGGAGGAGCGCUUGGCCAGAGAAGCUGCAGCCAAGAAAGCGGAAGAAGAGCGCUUGGCGCAGGAGGCCGCCAAAGAGGCAGCAAGAAAGGCGGAGGAGGAGCGCUUGGCCAAAGAAGCCGCAGCCAAGAAAGCGGAAGAAGAGCGCUUGGCGCAGGAGGCCGCCAAAGAGGCAGCAAGAAAGGCGGAGGCGGAGCGCUUGGCCAAAGAAGCUGCAGCCAAGAAAGCGGAAGAAGAGCGCUUGGCGCAGGAGGCUGCCAAAGAGGCAGCAAGAAAGGCGGAGGCGGAGCGCUUGGCCAAGGAAGCCGCAGCCAAGAAAGCGGAAGAAGAGCGCUUGGCGCAGGAGGCUGCCAAAGAGGCAGCAAGAAAGGCGGAGGAGGAGCGCUUGGCCAGAGAAGCUGCAGCCAAGAAAGCGGAAGAAGAGCGCUUGGCGCAGGAGGCCGCCAAAGAGGCAGCAAGAAAGGCGGAGGAGGAGCGCUUGGCCAAAGAAGCCGCAGCCAAGAAAGCGGAAGAAGAGCGCUUGGCGCAGGAGGCCGCCAAAGAGGCAGCAAGAAAGGCGGAGGCGGAGCGCUUGGCCAAAGAAGCUGCAGCCAAGAAAGCGGAAGAAGAGCGCUUGGCGCAGGAGGCUGCCAAAGAGGCAGCAAGAAAGGCGGAGGCGGAGCGCUUGGCCAAGGAAGCCGCAGCCAAGAAAGCGGAAGAAGAGCGCUUGGCGCAGGAGGCUGCCAAAGAGGCAGCAAGAAAGGCGGAGGAGGAGCGCUUGGCCAGAGAAGCUGCAGCCAAGAAAGCAGAAGAAGAGCGCUUGGCGCAGGAGGCCGCCAAAGAGGCAGCAAGAAAGGCGGAGGAGGAGCGCUUGGCCAGAGAAGCCGCAGCCAAGAAAGCAGAAGAAGAGCGCUUGGCGCAGGAGGCAGCCAAAGAGGCAGCAAGAAAGGCGGAGGAGGAGCGCUUGGCCAAAGAAGCCGCAGCCAAGAAAGCGGAAGAAGAGCGCUUGGCGCAGGAGGCCGCCAAAGAGGCAGCAAGAAAGGCGGAGGCGGAGCGCUUGGCCAAAGAAGCUGCAGCCAAGAAAGUGGAAGAAGAGCGCUUGGCGCAGGAGGCCGCCAAAGAGGCAGCAAGAAAGGCGGAGGCGCAGCGCUUGGCCAAAGAAGCUGCAGCCAAGAAAGUGGAAGAAGAGCGCUUGGCGCAUGAGGCCGCCAAAGAGGCAGCAAGAAAGGCGGAGGAGGAGCGCUUGGCCACGAAGGCUGCUGUGGAGGCUCCAGGCCCCGCAGCCACGAGCACCGAGGACGCCAACGCCACGGAGCAGCAGAGGGAAGCCCGGAAGAAGGAGUCCCUCGAGCGCGCCUGGGGCACAAGCUGGGCUUAG